UCGUGGCGGAAAGCGCGCAAGAAGGGGUUUUAACAUUUUGUUCCGGAUUAUGUCCAGCUUGACUCACCCUCCGGAAACGGAGUCAAACUCUUUAUAAAAAAAGCAAAUACUCAUUCUCCCCAGCAAUUAAAUAACUCGCACUAAAUCUGUCGUAUUGUCGACAACUAUGAAUCAACUCGAUCAACUACGCCAAUGGCUUCCUAGCACAGAAAAGCUGGUCAAAGCUGUUGAAGAGAACCGUCAGGCUGUCGCUGUCACUGCUGGUGUUGUAACGCUAGUUGGAGCUGCCCACAUUUAUAGGAAAAAGAAGAGUGCUCCCAAGCUGCAAGGUAAACCUAUUGAAAGCUUGCCAGGGCCAGACUACCUUCCCAUCGUCGGCCAUAGCCUUCAAUUCAAAAUGGAUGAGUUGAAUGCCUUCACUGAGGCCAUUGGUUGGAAAUAUGGAGAAAUGGCACAAAUGUUCAUUGGUCCUAUGCGUGUUGUGCUUGCAUCCUCCCCUCAGGCUAUUGAAAAGCUUUUCAGGGAGCGUCCCAAUAACUUUAAACGGUCAUUCAACAUUGAAAAACAGUUCCAGGACUCAGGCGUUCCUGGUCUUUUCUCAAUGGAAGGUGAUGAUUGGCGCCAUAGCAGAGCUUGGGUAUUUCCCCAAUUCGCACCAGGCAAAAUCAACAAGACCAAACAAUUGAUCAUUAAGCAUGCCACUGAACUGCGCAAGUCGCUGGACCGUUUCUCAAAGGAGGUCGAUGAAAUCGACAAUAAGUGGUAUCCCACAGUAGUGCAAGACCCUAACAGCAGAUACACGAAGACCAAUUUCUAUAACCCAGAGGAAUUGAAGAAUACAAUUGAUAUGUUCAGCGCCUUCGCCUUCGGUGUUGUUAUUGAUUUCUCAUUUGCUCACGACAAGGAGGAAUGUUUGCCUGAAAACAUCUUAGAGGACAUCAAGGUUAUCUUCACAGUUAUGCGCAGAAGACUUUUCCAAAUUAUCCCAUGGCACAAAGUGGGAUUCAGAGAUGCCGAGGAUCGCAAAUUUGACGAAACCGUGGCCAAAUUGAAUCAGUCAGUACGGACCAUCAUUGAAGACUAUGAUCCCAAUACGUACAAGGAAAAGUCCGAUAAAAUGAGCACUAUGCUGGAGUCACUUUGGUAUUCAAUCAAUCACCAAGAUAUCAACAAGAUUGAGGUCUCUGGCCUACUGUCAGCAUCAAAGGCUGCUAGCAAGAUGUCAAUUAAGGAUAUGGUUGGCAAUCUACUUACCGUCAUCAGUGCUGGCUAUGAUACGACUGCAAAUACAAUGCAGACUAUGGCUUAUCUAUUGGCGGCAAAUCCUGAUGUACAACGAAAACUGCACGCUGAGGUGGACGCAAUCCUUGGCAGUCCGUCUGCUAGAAAGCAGAUGUCAUCUGACGAAAUAAGCGACGCUAUGGAGGAGAAUAUCUUUGCCCAAUUUCCUUAUACAACCGCAGUCAUCAAUGAGACUCAGAGACUCCAUCCCGUUGCUCCAUUUGCUGGUGUAGAGGCCAUUCACGAUACUGUUAUCGAUGGCUAUGUUCUUCCCAAAGGUACUAAUAUCAUGAUGCUUACCAGAGUUGCUGGUAUGCGUUAUUGUCCAACGCCAGAUCCCUUCUUGUUCAAACCUGAACGCUGGAUUGACGCCACACCCGAACAGAAGAGACAGAUGGAAAGACUCGACUGGACCUUCGGCGGCGGCCCAAGAGUUUGCCCCGGUCGUCAUAUGGCAAAUUUGGAGCUUGUUUAUGCAGCUGUUCUCGUCUUUUCACUCUACGAUAUCACUGAGGUCGCUAGACCGCCUUCAGCGUACCCUGUUAUGGAAGGUGCUCGCUUUACCUCCAUGUUGGAAAAUGUCCAUGUCCGAUUUACCUCUCGUACUUAAGUUUAUCUAUACACAAUAUAUUUUAAUAAAAAAUAAUACCAUCCCUGUUUUCAUUCUUCAUCAUCACAAUGCAAUGCAUAGGACCACCUGUGUUCGUUCACUCGCUAUAAUGGACUUUGUUAUAGCACAAUCGCUCAAUUUUUACACACGCAAAUAAAAUAGCACGCAAGAGUUACACGUUUACGUUUAUAUUGUCUAAGAUUAAUUACAAUGAGUGAAAUGAUACCGGCUACUGGUUCCUGUAUUUGUUAGGCUGUAAAAGAUUGAGCCGUAUACAAAGCUCUAAUUGGGGAACGAUCCCAUAAGAAGAUCAAAAUUAUGCUGUAAGCCAAUCGUUUUCAGCUGAUUAUAUAAAGGCACCCAUCAAGAAAAGGACCAAAUGAGCAGCG